GCGCAGUGAGGCUAUUUAAACCACUUCUGGUCCUUUCCUUCAGCUGUUUUUCACCACUUUCGUCCAAAAUGAGGAGGAUUUUGGACAUUUUAGCGCUCAGUCUUGUUCUUUGUUUUACAGUGGGGCUGGACGCUGUACCAUUUCAAAAUCUGAUCAAGUCUAAACAGCAUCAUGUAUCCAGCACAGAUCCACAGUUUCACAGAGAAGUAUUUCACUCAAAUCAUGGACCACUUUAACUUCAACAGCAUGGGCAACGGCACUUUCCAACAACGUUAUCUCAUCACAGAUAAAUACUGGAAAACAGGCUACGGCCCUAUAUUCUUUUACACCGGUAAUGAAGGAGACAUCAUGGAGUUUGCCCUGAACUCUGGAUUCAUCAUUGAACUGGCGGCUCAGCAGGGGGCCUUGGUCAUAUAUGCCGAACAUAGAUACUAUGGUAAGUCCCUGCCUUUUGGAAAGGACUCGUUUAACAUCCCAGAGGUGGGGCUGCUGACCGUGGAGCAGGCUCUGGCAGAUUACGCCGUCAUGAUCACUGAACUCAAACAGGAGCUGGUGGCUUCAGACUGCCCAGUCAUCGUGUUUGGGGGAAGUUACGGAGGAAUGCUGUCUGUCUACAUGAGGCUCAAAUAUCCCAAUGUAGUAGCAGGUGCUUUGGCUGCUAGCGCCCCCAUCCUGUCAACAGCGGGACUAGGAGACCCCCGGCAAUUUUUCAGAGACGUUACAGCUGAUUUCCAGAACAUUAGCCCAGACUGCAGUGAGGCUGUGAGAGGAGCUUUUGGACAGCUGAAGGAACUAGCAGAAAAACAAGAUUAUAGUUCGAUCCAGGAGAAGUUCGCCCUGUGUAAGGCCCCCUCCUCCCCCCAGGACGUGCACCAGCUGAACGGCCUGCUCCGAAACGCCUUCACCCUCAUGGCCAUGUUGGACUACCCCUACAGCACGCACUUUAUGGGGAACAUGCCAGCAAACCCCGUCAAGGUGGGCUGUGACACCAUGCUGAGCGGACCAGACCUGCUCACCAACCUCAGAAACACUGCAGGGAUCGUGUACAACUCGACUGGGGAGCUGAAAUGUUUUGAUCUGUACAAACUGUUUGUGGAGUGUGCUGACCCCACCGGCUGUGGCCUGGGCUUCAACAGUAUGGCCUGGGACUAUCAGGCUUGUACUGAAAUCGACCUGUGUUUUGAGAGCAACAACGUCACAGACAUGUUCCCCCCGAUGUUGUUUACCGAGGAGCAGAGGGAGGUCUACUGCACCAAGCGCUGGGGGGUGGUGCCACGCCCAAACUGGCUCAAAGUACAGUUCUGGGGAGACGCUUUGUCCACUGCCAGUAACAUCAUUUUCUCUAAUGGAGAUCUGGAUCCCUGGGCAAAUGGAGGGGUGAGGAAGUCCCUGAGUUCAUCUGUAGUGGCCAUUAACAUUUCAGGAGGAGCUCAUCACCUGGAUCUGAGAGGGUCAAAUGAUGCUGAUCCAGGGUCAGUGAUCAAGGCCAGGAAGACAGAGUCCCAGCUCAUUGAAGAGUGGGUGAAGAUGGAAAGACACAGACUAAUACACUACCGAAAACUUGGAGCGUACAAAGACAUGUGAGACUGCUGUUGUGAGAGGAGAAAUCGUCAAGGACACAGUAUCUUCUGAGAAUUAACAGUCAAAUUAGGAAAAAGCCAUAAAUCAUCUUCACUAAUAUUGAUUACCCAGUAGUAUUUACAGUUUGUGGUUCUGUCUCACUGUACUCUAUUUGGACAUCUGUGUAGCAAUAAACUAGUGGGUCAAGCAGGGAAAUGUUUGUUUUAAAACUAAAACUACAUAAAUGGAGCAGUCCGACCCACUUUGAAGUCCACUCUGGUUUCAGAAGUAAAGUUCCCUUAAUAUUUGAAUAAAGUCUAUGGGAAAAUUAAGAGUUCAAAAGCAAUGCAGAGUCUAACAACUAGAGUCUGUGGUAACAAAUAUCCAUAAUGCAACUAUUUUAAGUCCAAAAAGCAUGUUUAAAAACAAAAAAAAUUAUGUGAAGUCUUGAAAUUAUGUGUUUGAAUAAAUUUGCUGUUUAUGCAUUUAAA